CCCAGAACCAGAAACAGUAGUGUCUAGACUUUGAGACGUUGAGCGUCUAUAUAUUAUAUGUGAUUUUUGUCGUUUAGUGCGUGAGUGUGAUUGCAAAAAAUAUAUUUAUCAAAAAAAGAAAAUAAAUCAAUUAAUUUAUCACUCUAGAUUAAUAUUAAUAAUAAAAAUAAUAUUUAAUACUAUAAAUAAUUUUAACAAGAAAAUAAUUUUCUUUCUUCGUUACAAAAAAAAAAAUUAUUGUAUUGAUAAAAUCAAAGAAAAAUUUUUAGCAAAGAAAAAAUAUAAGUGUAUUAUUAAUAUUGGAUAUUGUGCGUCAAUUACGGAAAAAAGAAGUUAAUUAAAAAAAGUGCGAAAAAUGUACAAAGAAAUUAUUUAUCAUGGUGUGAAAAAUCUCAAAUUAACAAAAAUAGGAAAUAAUAUUUUUAGACGUUUUCACAAUGGAAAUCAGAAAAAGGCUGCGGUCCCAGCGUCAAUGAGAUUAGGAACAGCCAGGUAUUUGGAUGCAGCUUAUGGAAGUGCCUUGGAAUUAGAGCGCGUGCCAACACGUAAUUACAGCUUUAUUCAUGACAGCCAUUAUAUGUAUACCAGAGAUCAAGAUCAAGCCAGUAAUGUUGAAGAUGUUCUCUUCGACAUGUUCAAAAAUGAAGAUACCGGUCUUUUGCCCGUUGGAAAAUUUUUAGCAGCUUUGAGAACGACAGGUCUAAGGAAAAAUGAUCCUCGGCUACAAGAAUUGACUGAAAAUUUAAAACAAGAGCAUAUAAAAACCGGUGGUCACGAAGGCAUAUCCCACGAAACACAAAAAUUAGAUCGAGAACAAUUCAAAAGAAUUGUUAGUCCAAAUAUUGUUCUAAUAUCGAGAGCGUUUAGACAUCAAUUUAUAAUUCCAGACUGGGCUGGAUUUAUAAAGCAUAUAGAAGAUUUUUAUUGGAAAUGCAAGACAAAUACAGAGGGGAAGGUUGCUUCUUACAUUCCUCAAUUAGCUAGAAUGAAUCCAGAAUAUUGGGGUGUUUCUGUUUGUACAAUUGAUGGGCAACGAUUUAGUAUUGGCGAUACGUCAAUUCCAUUUACACUUCAGAGUUGCAGUAAACCAUUGACCUAUGCUAUUGCCCUUGAAAGAUUGGGUCAAGAAAUGGUUCAUCAAUAUGUUGGUCAAGAACCGUCCGGAAGAAAUUUCAAUGAACUUGUACUUGACCAUAACAAAAAGCCACACAAUCCAAUGAUAAAUGCGGGAGCAAUUUUAAUUUGUUCAUUAUUAAAGGCAUUAAUAAAGCCAGAAAUGACAUUAGCUGAAAAAUUCGACUUCACGAUGAAUUAUUUCAAGCGUUUAGCAGGAGGUGAAAAUUUGGGUUUCAAUAAUGCCGUUUUUCUCUCGGAACGUGAGGCAGCGGAUAGAAAUUACGCCCUCGGCUUUUAUAUGCGUGAGCACAAAUGUUACCCGGACAAAGUCGACCUGAAAACAGUUAUGGACUUUUAUUUCCAGUGCUGUGCCAUGGAAGCAAAUUGUGAAACAAUGUCUGUGAUGGCAGCCACUUUGGCGAAUGGGGGAAUUUGUCCAACCACGGAGGAAAAAGUUUUGAAACCCGAUAGUGUUCGAGAUGUUUUGAGUUUAAUGCACAGUUGUGGAAUGUACGAUUACAGUGGACAAUUUGCUUUUAAAGUAGGAAUUCCGGCAAAAUCAGGAGUAUCCGGAAGUUUAUUAGUAGUCAUUCCAAAUGUCAUGGGAAUUUGCACGUGGUCACCACCUUUAGAUCCAUUGGGAAAUUCUUGUCGUGGCGUUCAAUUUUGCCAGGAAUUGGUCUCUGAAUUUAAUUUCCACAGAUACGAUAAUUUGAAACACGCGACAAAUAAGAGAGAUCCAAGAAGGCACAAAUAUGAGACGAAAGGAUUGUCAAUUGUAAAUUUGCUUUUUAGCGCAGCUAGUGGUGAUGUAACGGCAAUGCGAAGUCUGAAAGAACUAACAGAAUGGCAUCGACUGAGUGGCAUGGACAUGACGUUAUCUGAUUACGAUGGUCGGACAGCUUUGCAUUUGGCAGCAAGCGAAGGGCAUUUGGAUUGCGUCGAAUUUCUCAUCGAGCAAUGUGGAGUACCUCAUAAUCCAAAAGACAGAUGGGGCAAUAGACCAGUGGAUGAGGCGCAAGCUUUUGGACAUUCUCAGGUUGUGGAAUAUUUGCAGAAUUACGAACUCUGUCACAAUAAUUCUCAGGUUGAUAACAAUAUCAAAGAUACAGCAUUGAAUAAUGAAAAUGAAAACGUGAAUAAUCCAAAUUCUGGUAAAACAUCACCAAUAUCAUAGAGAAAUUUAAUUAAUUAGAAAACAAUUUAGAAAAAGAAUAUCGACAAAAACGUAACAGAAUAUCGAAAAAGCACCCGAUUUUUUUUAAUUUAAAAACUGCUUAAACCAAGAAACAAAAAAAAAAACCUUAAAAGGAAUAUAAUUUUAGAAUCAAUUAGAAAGUGUUAAGAAAAAUAAUUUUGGAGUUUAAAACAAUUUAUUUUAAUUCAAAAAAGUAUCAAUAGUGAUCAAAUUUUUAUUUUACACAAAAUAAUUUUAAAAAAUCUAAAAUAAUCAGUGCUUUUAUUGAAACAAAUUUUUGUUACAUCUAUAGACAAUAGAAAUAACUUUUCGGUCAAUUUUAAAUAAUAGAAAAAUGUUAUCUAACUGUUGGAAAUAUUUUUCAACUGAAAGAAAUUUAAGCGAAGGUGAAAUACGUAAAAUCUGCUGAACAUUUUUUUUAGAAAAAACGAAAAUUAGAAAUAUUUAUUAAAAGGGACUGUGAUUAUUUAAUUACAAUUAUUAUACGCGCAUUGUACUUCCUAUUUAGUUAUAGAUUUGUAAAUUUGCAUGAACUUUUAGUAAUUCUUUUUAAAAUUUUUUAAAACUGUUUCGAAAUCAAGUGAAAAAAUAUUUAAAAAUCA